GAGAGACGCUGCAUUUCUUCCACUCUGUUAUGGUAAGGAAGGACUUUCACUUGAGAAGCUGGGAACAUAAAAUAGCAAUAGUGUCCACAUGAGUCUUCUCCUCUUCCCAUGACUGAGCACUGUCUGUCUCUCCAGGAAUUACUGCCAACUCCAGCGGAUUGAGACUGCAGAGGACGGCAGAAUUGGAUUUCAAAGCUGCUGUCCACAGUUGAGGCAGACUAGCAGACAGGCAGGGACAGGUGCUGCAAGCGGAGAAAGGAGGAGCAAAGCAAAGGGGAGACAAGCCGCACUGCUUCAGAGAAGGAAUUCUGAAACAGCUGUCCAGCAGACGUCCUGCCUGCGAGAAGUAAACCCUCAAGGGCAGAAAGAGAGAGAGAGUGUGAGAGAGAAUCCAAAAACGGCAACAUACCGCACCACCCAGAAGCCAACUACAGUUUGGGUCAAGGCACCUCUGGGACAGCAACCACAGUGUGAGAAAACAGGGACAUUAUUCUUCAAAAACACUCAAGCAGGUUAAGGUCAUUAAAACAUUUGAGCUGGAUUAUCUUCACUAAGGAUUGAGGACAUAUUUAAACAAGCUGCUCCCUGAGAAUGUAACCUCUGCCCUUCUCUUGGGAGACUUCGGCAAGUUUAUCACCCAGCUGAGGAAUUCUGAAGUUUAAGAGUGUGUCCCUUUCCCAUCCAUACCUGCUGGAAUAUUCCAUAGCAGGGAUGCCUGCCAAAACACCAAUCUACCUGAAAUCCACCAAUAGUAAGAAAGGAAAGAAAUGUCGUUUGAGAGACAUCUUGUCCCCUGACAUGAUCAGCCCUCCUCUUGGUGAUUUUCGACACACUAUACACAUUGGAAAGGGUGGUGAAUGUGAUGCCUUUGGUGACAUGUCGUUCCUGCAAGGAAGAUUUGAGCUUCUACCUGGAAAAGGUGGUCUUAUUCGGCCACAAUACAACAAAAAUGGGGAGUUUAUGAGGGCGAAAAGUGCCUCCGACGCCGCUUAUGUCGAAACUCCAUCCCCAGUUCUGAAAAAUGCCAUCUCCCUCCCAAGCAUUGGUGGAAGCCAAGCACUAACCCUACCUCUAAUCUCCACUGCUGUGUUCCCCAUGGCUCGGGACCCUCUGGACAACCUAGAUGAGCCAUCUUCUCUUCCAGACAGUUUCGAUGUGAAUGAAGAUCUGGAGAUCCUGCAGAUGGAGACCUUGUUUCAGUCAGUCAAUGUCUUCAGAAGUGACCCCAGCCCCAUUCCGGAGGAGGACCAACCCUCAAUCAAACAUUUGGAGAUACCUGAGAAUUCACCUGCCAAAAAGAAGAUCCACAGCAGUGGAAAUGAUCUUGAGAAGUUUUUAUCCAUCUUUGUUAACGAGGAUACCAAUACCAAUGCCAAUGGGAAUUUCAGUAAUGGUAACAACCAAAACAACAGCAGCUCAGUCUUCCAGUACAAGCAUGAGUUGUUUGAAGUCAAUGGAGAUUGGGCGGACAGAGAUAGUGGCGUGGAAGAGGGUCGUUUAUGUGAUUCAGACUUUGAAAUCUCCAAAAGCAAAAGCCACUCACAGGAGUCGCUCACGCAAAUCACAGGAUCCCUUUGCUCGCUUGAACUCGACUUGGGCCCCUCCAUUUUGGAUGACAUACUCAAUAUCAUGAAUAAGCCUGUGCCAUAGAUCAUGACUUUGACUGAGAAGCAAAAGGGAAUAUAAUUUGCUUGUGCCCACAGAGAGACUUAAUAGUCAAAUGAAGAUCUGCAACGUGACAUGGCAAUGUUGGGUCUUCUUUUUUUUUUUUUUUUUUUAUGAACUGAAGAGGCUAAACUGACUUUCUCAGAAAAAGUCCUUUCUCAGUUUGUUAGCAUUAUCUUCAGAGCGGAGAAUUCACAAAGAGGUAUUUGCAGCCACUGAUGUGUUUAUUUGCACGCUGACUGCAUAGUUUUAGCACCCGACUCACUAAAGGAAUUAUGCAAACCAGGUAACGCCGCAAACACGCCCUAAUAGUUUAAAUGGUUCUGAGUGCUUGAUUGUGGAGAAUUCAGCAAACUUCACUGGGACUAUAAAGCAUGUUCUCUGUCAUUUGAUGAUCAUUUGUUGAAUAACUGCCAUGAAAUCAAUAGAAAAUGUAGAGAAACCUCUCUGUUUAAAAAAACUAUAUUCAAAUAACAGGGAAAUGUUAAUUACGGUUGGCAAAUACCAUUUUUAGGAUCAGGUGCUUAGGCUAAAACAGGGCAUAUAGCGCUUAGUCAAGUUGGACUGUGGGUGUAUAAAAAGUUGCAGGUUUUUGCGCUGAAAUACAGCACACUGUUUAGUGAAUUUACCCCAGAGUGUCUCUGCAUACCUUUGCUGUUUGUGACAGAGUGCAAAAUUAAAGCAGUUGACAUCACAGCCAUUGUAUCUUUUAAGUUGCAAAAUGACAGCAGUUUAAGCAUGUGUAGACACCAAUACUAAGGGAAAUGCAGAUAAAAUGAGGUUUGUUCCAUUCACGGUUGUUCAUGCACAACGUCCACAAAAUUAUACAAUAGCGAGAUAACAUUUCUCAUCCAGAUGCCUGUGUAAAUUAAUGGAAACAUAUACAAGCCUUGUCCCCAUCACAAAUCCAUUCAUGCACCAGUUUAUUUAUACUGACUAUUUCAAUAACCACACUACCAAAUCCUAUAUGUUUAAAGCAUAUAUGUUUUUACACUGUGAAGCUAAAUAUGAA